AUGGCCUCACGAAGCGUCUCAAGUCUUCCGGAAGUCAUAAGACAUUAUAGUGAAGUCGCCGAAGUCGUCAAUCAUCGCGAAAUGAACCGCUUCAUCCAAGAUAUUAGAUCACGCUGGGAUCCUCCUACCCACGAAAAAGACUAUCGAUUCGAAGGCUGGACAAGCGAAGGCGCUUUGACAAAAUGCAUCUACCAAGGGGUUUUCUGGUACCACGACCGUCCGCAGCCUGUUGAGAGCUGGAAUGCCAGUGAUGCGGAGAUAGACCGGCAGAUCCAAAUCAGACCGACCCUUGAAGAGAUUAUCAACUUCGUCGCGAAGCCAAUACAGCGAGCUCUAUGA